AACGUGUACGAUGGUCUGCAGCCUGACGAAUUCACGAGUGUUCUCGUCCCGUGUUUGCCCCGUGGUGGAAUAACCGUCUGUAGGGCCCAGACGCCGAUAUGGUUUGACGAGCCGGGGUACGAGGAUUUCCUCGACAGCAUGACCAGGUCGGAGGAGGCAGCGGACGGCGUGGUGGUCAACACUUUCGAGGAAUUGGAACCCGAAUACUUAGAAUCAUACGAACGGGCGAUAGGGAAAAGGGUGUGGUCCGUCGGGCCGCUCUCCCUCCACGACAAGGACACCGAUGAACACGGGGCCGAAUCGAACAGGCCGUUCGUUUGGGUGAUCAAGGAGUGCGAGAGGUGCCCGGAGGUCGAUGCUUGGAUGUCGAGCGGGUUCGGGGAGAGGACGAGGGGGAGGGGGCUUGUAAUUACCGGAUGGGCGCCUCAGGUGGUCGUUCUGUCCCAUCCUUCGGUCGGAGGGUUCAUAACGCACUGCGGAUGGAACUCGAUACUAGAAGCGAUUUCGGGCGGAGUGCCGAUGAUAACGCUCCCUCAUUUCGGCGACCAGUUCCUCAACGAGAAGUUCGUAGUGGAGAUCCUCAAGAUCGGUGUUUCUCUGGGGGUUAAGGAGCCGAGUCCCGUCACAGGAAAAGGUAUCAUGAGGGUUACUAGAGACCAGAUCCAGAGUGCGGUCCGUAGUUUGAUGGAUGCGGGUAAAGAGGGCGAGGAGCGGAGAGCGAAAGCGCGGGAGUGUGGGGAAAUGGCUAGGAAAGCCAUGGAGGAAGGAGGAUCAUCUUAUGGGAAUGUGACACGUUUGAUCCAAUUUGCCACGGGAAACGCAAAAAGAUGAGGGUGUUAAAGGGGUUUAGUAAACCCCAGUUCCUUAUUCAUAUAUGCUCCAAAUUAAUUUGAGAACGCCUUAGUUCGCGUGCUUUUAUGUAGACAU